AUGGAAGCCCAACCCCCCAAUCCUGCUCCUCCCUCCGCCAAUCCUCCCAGCGUGGAGAUCGCCUAUAAGCGCAAAUGUAUCUCCUUGAAGAGACGUCUCACCGAGGUCGAGGCCGAAAAUGAGAUUAUGCGCACUCGCAACCGUCGCGGCUGGCAAUAUAUCAAAAAGAUGCGCCUGGAAUCCUGCAUUCUCCUCGAACGCCUAGCCGCCGUCACUGCGAUGGUGGAUGAAGCCCAGGCAGGCAACAUCGGCCCCGAACUUCGCGCCCGCGCCCUUGCCCUGGCACAAAACUCUUCCCUCGCAAAUGGCACCGGCGGCACUGCUGGUGCCGGGUACCUCGAAGAUGAAACUGAGGGUAGCUCUGAAGAACAGCCUCCCACUCCCGAAGACCGCCCUCUUCGCGUCAAGCGUUCCCGUAAGUCUAACCUAAACAUCGAUGGCGCCGAAGAAGAUGGCCCCGCGUACGACAAUGCUGCGGAGCCGGCUGAGCACGAUGCCGGCUCUUCGUCUCUCCCCCGUCUUGCUCCUGCUCCAAGUCAACAUGAGCUGAGCGCAUCUUUCCGGGUAGGUACUGGGUCCCAUGAGGGCGACCGCACGCCACACAGCCAGGACCAGCGCGAGGGUCAGCCUGAGCAUGCUGCUGACUCGGGCACUACGCCUAUGGAUAUGGAUGCCAAGGAGCCGAAGGUUGAGGGGGCCUAA